GCACUUAUGUAAAAGGCUCGAUUUGAUUAAACGAAAGCUUAAUGUAUCUCCUUUGUUAAUAUGUCUUUUUUGUAUUUCUCGUAGGUGUCAGGAAUAUAUGUACAAUAUGUAUUUUAAUUCAUAUCAAGAAUUCAUGAUACCAAAUGUCUACGGUAAAUAUUAACAAGAAUCGCAAAAUAGAAUGUAACAUAUAAUUGUACGAUCAACUUUUGAUACAGUAAGCUGGAGAGAGAGAAUUCCUUUUAUUAUGUUAUCGAACCUUUUAUUUAUCGACGGAUAGAAACAACUUCUUUUAUUUAAAAAUGAAACAAUCAAUCCGAGAUAUUACUUUCGAUACUAAUUCUGCUUGUUAAGUGAAAUUAUGCAAAUUAAACGAAGAUAUUUUUUUAUAUAUGUUCAGUAUAUUAAGCAUACCCCUAUAUAAUUUAUUCUUUUCUGAUUAUUUACAUGUAAAAUACUCAUUACGUACAUUCGUAAAAUUCCUUUUGUAUAUGGGUAUAACUUAAAUAAAACAUUUGAAGAAACGGAGUGUGUAAUUCACGAGCAUUCAUGUUCACAAAUAAAUUCCAUCUUUGAAUAAACAAACGUGACCAUGACAUUGAAAUAAAAAUCCCUAAGAGAAGUGAUUCCCUAUGUCAGUAAUAAAUUCCCUAUAUACCUAAUGUUUAUCUUAUAGUCGCAAUCAUAUAAACAAGUCUUGACACUUUAUACCGAAGUAUACGAAAAUUUGUUCGAAAAUUGAGUCGUGAGAAUUAAAUAUGGAAGACAAGGUUUUCGUUCUGCGCAUGUGUAACAUACUAUGAAUGUCUCAGAUAGAGACAGACAUAUUCUACUUGUCGGAGAUGGAAAAACAGCGGGAUUUCCCAUCCGGAAUGUUGGGAAAACCCCAAUACACUAGUCCAGACUUUUACUAUAGCCGCCCUUAAGUAAUAAAAAUAAGAAAUAGUCUUAAUGUUCCAAUCUGAUUUUAUGACGAUGAGUUUGGGCGCGAAGUGACACGGCAGGUCACUGGACAUAGCCACGGUCACCGGAAGGGACACGUAUCUGACAGUGAUAGGGAUAAUCCAGAUCAGAGCUUCUCGUUCUAAAUUCAACAUGGCGGCGCGUACAUGUUGUCUGCAUUUCUUCAUUGAAAAUGGUUGUCAAACGCAUGACAAAUACGUUUCACAACUCCCAAAAAUUUGUGAUACUGUAAUAUCACCGGAAGUAGCAUGAGUACAAUUUCUUGUGGAAAAUGCACAGUAAUGGAAGGAAGUCGUUUAACGAAAUAUAGUCACAAAGAGUGGCGCAAUAUAGCAAAAAGGGAACGUCGGAGACGUCUGCGUCGCAAAGCGGCCGCUCAGCGAGAAGCGACCGAGGAACAGCUGAGGGCAGCACUUGAAAAAAGUGCGGAAUAUUUAAAAUGGCUGGAACAGUGUGAAGUUGAGGACAGAGAAAAAGAAGCUCGGGAAAAAGAAGAACACGAUCAACGGGAAAAAUUAUGGUUAGAGGAAGAGGUGAAAGCCCAAGAAGAAUGGCAAAUUUUGCAGGAGAAAAAGCAAAAAGCUCGACAGUUACAAUUGGAGCAAGAGGCGAAAAUUCGCCAAGAAUUUGAAACGAAACAGGAGGUUAUUCGCAAAAAACAGGAAGAGGAGAAACGUAGGAGAGAAGAAGAAAUUAAAAGGCGGGAAGAGCUACUUAAAGAGAUCGACGAUUACAUCGAUAAUGGAAUCAAAACCCCGGAGGCUUUGCGUGAGGUUAUCGAUAGUCAACCUGGUAAAGAGCUUUGUCCGUUUUUCACAAAGACAGGUGCUUGCAGAUACGGUGACACUUGUUCGAGAAAUCAUCGCAGGGUAUGUUUAAGUAAAGUCAUAUUAGUACCUGGUUUUUAUACGCAUUUUUCUCUGGAGAAGAAUUCUGCGGAAUACGACACUGAUAUUGCCCUUGAAUUCGAAAGCUCGGAAACACGACAACAUUUCCGCGAAUUUUACAAAGAUGUAGUCCCGGAACUGGAAUCGUUUGGAAAAAUAAAAACCUUAAAAUAUUGUUGCAACACCGAAGUUCACUUGCGGGGCAACUUAUAUGUCGAAUAUUACACCGAAAGGGAAGCUGCUAGGGCUUUGAGGAGACUGAAAGGUCGAUGGUAUGCCGGCCGACAGCUUAAUUGCGAAUUUGUCAACCUAAGAUCAUGGAGGAGUGCUGUCUGUGGGAUGUCGAAAUGUCCCAAAGGAAGGGCAUGUAAUUUUUUACAUACUUUUAAAAAUCCACACGACGAAUAUGACAUCAAAAGCCCGCCGAGAUGGGUGAAACAAUUGUCUUCGUCUGCUCAGGAAGUUACGAGCAAUAAAAAAAUCGAACACAGAAAUAAAUCAAAAUGGGAAGAUGUUAGCGACGUGGAAGAUAAUAAAAAUUGGAGGUGGUCCGAAUCCCCCGAGCCCGAGAUAGGUCAUCGUUCGAGGAAUGUUGAAACUCGCCAUCAUUAUUUCGACGAAAGGGACUUUCGACAGAAAUCGACUCGCGACAAAGGAUACGAACAACUCGACAAGAAUAGAUCUAUCGAUCAUGAGUAUUCGCCGCCGGUCAAACGUCAUCGAACAAGAUCUAGAAAACACAUAGAUGAGAAGAUCAGAGAUGAUGAUGUUUCAAACGAUCGCGACUAUUCUAGAAGACGCUCAAAGAAAUACAAAAAAAGGACAGAAGAGGAUGAUGAUACGUCGCCGAGGCGUUCGCAUAAAAGACACUUGAAAAGCAGCGAUCGAAAUUAUCGUUCGAGAAGUCAUAAGUUUUCAGAUAAACAUUCUAAAAGAGACAAAGAGGAUGUCGAGAAAGAUAGAUACAGAUUGAAAAGUCAUAGUGAGUCGUGUGAAAUUUCUUGGGAAAGAAAAUCAAAGGGCACGUCCGGAAAGUCGAAUAUCGAAGAAAUAGUCGACGCGAUAAAUCUGCCUUGCGUAAAAUCUAAAUGGGAUAAAGAAAAUUCGGAACAAAUUGAUUCCGAAAGUAUGGGUUCUUCCGAUUCUGAGGUCUCUGGCGUUGUCGAAGACAAAGAUGUUGACAAAUCGGAAACAUUGUGGAAACUUCCUAAAAAAAUAUCCGACGACGAGUGGGCUACGACUGAUUCUGAAAACGAAAUAAAGAUCAAAGAGAAUUGACGUAAUAGACGUUGAAUUUGUGUAAAGUCUCAUCGUGACUUUGUUGAAAGCUAUAUAAGGAAACCAAAUAUAAUGUGAACAAUAUGUACUUUUUCAUACCAAAAUAUAUUUAAUAAUAAAACGUUACAUACUUA